AUGCUUCUCCGAUCCGCCUACCUGCUUCUGGUGUGUCUAACUGCGGGUGUUUGGACCCAGCGUCUGCGGCAAGGGCGUCGACGGUCCAAGUUCGUCCGACUUCCCAGCGGCUUCGUCUUUCCCGCCGAUGCUGCCGCCAACUUCCAACGCGACGCCUACGUAGCUCCAACGGUUAGCUUUACUUUUUUUUUUUUAAAUAAACUGCAAAGGUAUGAAAAAUAAAACUAAAAAGUCAUUUCCAACCAGUAAUUGCAUCAAGUUACUAUUUUUGAAAUGAAGUUCAGGCAGAGCAAGCGGCAGCAUCAAGUUCUGGUAGUGUUCUUGUAGCUCCGCCGAGAAUGAACCCAUCUCCCGAAGGCGAGUAUCCGACAGGUACAGGUUUCAAGCAAUUCCGUUAAAACUCAAUAUGAGGUCUCACAGAGAUUAGAAAACUUAAAAAAUUAAAAUUUGCGUUCACUAAGCUUGAAAAGUUGAAGUUUCUGGAGGUAACGAAAAGGUUCUGGUUUCCUCAAUGUCUCUCACCGAAUCGGAAGUCGUUCCCGCGGAAAAUCCUGCACAGUCACAGUCCUACGUUGAGGUUUUGGCUCUCAUAAUCGCUUUUGAAAAAAUUGAUGAUUAAACAAGAGUGCAACGAUCGAAGUGGCGACGGCGGGGCCAGCGGUGACAGUAAGUUACGCCACGACCGCCGAAUCUUCAACUCUAUCCUACACGGCCACGACUCAUCGAAUAAAAGCCAACAAGUGAGGCUUCUCUUCGUUUUGUUGAGUGAAGAGAAGUUCCAGAAUCUUUAGAUUGAGUAUGAACUCCAAUUAAGAGAAAAAAAAUUUUUAAAAGAGCAAAAAUCCCUUCGAACAGUGCUGCUGACCAGACAGGGCGCCACACCCCGCGAAGCGGUCUGUGUUAGAUGAUUUCUUCAAAUUUAAUCAAUGAUAUGAUUAAACUUUUAAUAAUAGAUGUUUUAUUAGGCUUUUCUCUGCGGAUUCUUUCCCUUAAACUUUAUUUCAACUAAUCUACUACUCAGCGGGGCGAAUGCUUCUAACAACAGGGCGCCCCGUCAGUAGCUUCGCUUUCGAAAAAUAUUAAUUUGUACCCAACUAACUAGGGAGCCUUUUUUACCUCCCGAUUAAACAUUUGAUGAAAAUUUGCUCAAAUGUAUAAAAAGAGCUAAUCCAAGCUUUUGAAGCCUUUCAACUCGAAAACCAGACCUAUUGCGAGAACUUUUUUUCCUAAAACUUUCCCAUGCGUUAAGAAUCAACCCCCUAUCAAUCUUUCUUAAUAUUUCAAAACAGAAUUUUGAGAUCCUGAAGACGAGUUGAAAAUUUAUUUUCAAAAUGAAAUAAUGUUCGAUUUAAGUCGAAAAAAAGUGAGAAACUUUCGAGAUCCGUAGGAAUAACUUUUCAAAGCAACCAACGUCUGGAACUUCUAGUCAUUCUUCUGAAUUAUUUAUUUUCAAAAUAAAACUUUGACUGAUUUGUCCAGCACCGUCUCGUUUGUCAACGAGUUGAACCGUCGGAAUCAUGGAACAGAGGCUGAGAAUAUUGCUAAAGGGCACACUUACACGGCGCUCAGCGGCGGACAGUUCUACCAGAGCAUUUUUGGAGGGGUGAGCUCAAAAUUGAUCAUUUUUUCAGAUGCGAGAUGAAUUUUUCAGAAAAACGGUUUCUCGCCUUUGUCGUUCUUCCUGAACCAAGGUGGCGGCGGCCACAAUCCAAACAAUUUCUUCGUUCCUGUACCGAUCGUCGUUCCUCCGCCGCCGCCACCUCCACCUGGUCCUAAAUGCUACACCAAUCCCAGUGGUAAGAGGAUAGUUACCUGAUAAAGAACCCGGGGAGAAUUCAGGUUACCUGUGCUGCAACGUCACCUUGGAAAAAACGAUGGAAGAAGCUUUUAAUGAAGCAAAAGCUGAUGGGAUUUCACUUUGUAACGUCCAGAAAAUGGCCAGUGCUGUACAAGAGGUUCUUUUCAAUUUCCAAAAACAAAAAUUCUUGCGGUCUAAUAUUCAUGAAAGCUCAGAAAAUUUUGAAGUUUCAACUGAAUUGUCAGGCCGCCGAGAAAAAGUUCAAUACCUCAUUCGAAUCUGUAGCCGCUCAUAAAGACUUUGUCGCCAAAAUCAACUUUGCCGGCGAUCUUAAUUGCAAAAUCGAGGUCGAUGGAAAGUUCAUACUGGCCUAUGCAACGCCGAUCGAAGAGAAGGAGGUAAAAUUCCUGCAUUUUUUCUGUAACAUUCGAUUUUUUCUCAAAAUAUCUUGAUUGGAAAACCUAGGUGAAUAUCAUCGACGCGAAUUCCUUCUUUUCUGGAACCGCCGACGAACAACUCGACUCGGCCAAUGGCACCAAACCGACAUACAUCGUUUAUGGCCCCAUCCGAUGA